UCUGGGUGGAUUAAAUAAAAGUGAAGAAGAAUAGUUUCCGGUUACAGUACGCUCUUUUAGUAUUUUCUGUUCUGACAUUUGAUAGAAAAUCUUCUUAACGCGGGUUCCAUUGCUCACACCGAAUUUAUUAAGAUCAUUUUAGGUUUUAUGCAACGCUUUGAUGUUAAAAGAACAAGCCAUGUCUGCGGUGUUUGACGGAAGUGGGCUAAAAGCGGCGCAGAGCUCACUCAGUCACACACCACACACUGCUCUGAGUGCACAGGAGCUGUCACAGGAGAUUAAAUCUUUCAUAAAUGGAGUGGACAGUGUCCAAGGACGAAAGCUCAGUGUGAGAGAGCACGCUCGGUGUGCUGUGAGGCUGCUGCGCGCGGUUCCUGCGUGUCGAGCCGCGGUACUAGAGCAUCUGAGAGGGGUCUAUGAUGAACAUGUGUCUGCUUUCUUGCACCAUUUGGAGACAGAGGGAGAAGGAGGCUCUGGGCCCAGCACCAACCUGGAGGACAUCAUCCAGGAGGUUCAUGGGGUGCUUUCUGAAUUUAUUCGUCUUAAUCCACGAGCCUGGGCCCCGCUGGUUUCGACUUGGGCUGUAGACUUACUGGGACAGCUGAGUAGUAAGCACGCUGGUCGCAGGGGCACCCCUCACUCUUCCAGCCUGAAUGAGCUGCUCCAGUUGUGGAUGUCUUGUGCAGCCACGCGCUCCCUCAUGGAAGCCUACUCUCAGUGUUUGGCUGCCAUGCUGGCUUGGUGCCCUGAUGCCUGUGUAGAUGCACUCCUGGACACCUCUGUUCAACACUCACCUCACUUUGACUGGGUGGUUGCUCAUAUUGGCUCGGCCUUUCCAGGUACCAUCAUCAGCAGAGUGCUGGCCUGUGGACUCAAAGAUUUCUGCUCUCAUGGAGCUAAGGAUCAGAGUCUGAUGGGAAUAGACAAAGGGCCAAAAGUGCCCAAAAUUGGUUCUGUGGUUGGAAUCCUUGGUCACCUGGCUGUACACCAUUCUGACUGUAUCAGGAAGGAGCUGCUCCAGAUGUUCCAGGAAAGCUUGACCCCGUCCAGCCCUUUGUCUCCAGAUUUGUCCUCCAGCUCCUGGGAAACAUCCCCACAGCUCCGUCGAGCUGUUGUGCCAUUUCUUCUGCAGCUGGCCGCCAUGUCUCCUGACCUUUUUGGCGCUGUGUCUUCAGAGCUGGUGGAGCUCCUACGGCCUCCUAUAUUGCUUCAACUUCACAGUUUGCUGCAGUGCCUUCCUAGGGAAGAAUUGGACAAUAUGGUCGGGCUUGCUGUCCACCUGAUUAGCCAGAGUCCCACAGGUGGGGCUCGAACCCUGCGUUUUAUUGCUGACACCGCCACUCCAGCCUCAGUAAUUAUAUCUGGCCCUACAUCUUCUCCACACGAGGGAGUCAGGGAGGGAUGUGAUCGACUACUUCAGAUGCUGCUACUUCAUCUACAUAAACUGGUGUAUAACCGUUCAGAUGGAGUCGAAGGUGCACCUCACACCUCGGUUAUGACUCAACCUAAAAGAAAAAUUCCCUUUUUGGAGGAGCUUCAGUCCUAUGUGGGUGAGCUGUGUGCUGAAACCCUGCGCCUUGAGAGAAAACGUCAUCUGUGGUUGCACCAGCUCCUGUGCCUGCUAUCAGUUUACGGUGGUCCAAGUGUGGCCACUGAGGCUGUGUGUCAGCUUCUAACCCAGGCCCGAAAUCCUGAAGAAUUGGCAUUGGCCUGGCAGCUGCACAGCACACUGUCCCUGUGUAUGGUGGGACUGAUCCCUGCCGCUAUUACCCGCUCCGUGGCACAGAUACACACAAACACCCUGAACCCAAGGCAGCUUCGACAGCUAUUGCUGAACCUCGCUGCUGCUAUUCAGAGCCAGGAGGAAGAGCGACGGGGGGCAACAGGACCCCAUUACACUAUGGCUAUGCAAUUAGGAUCAGCUGUCUCAGAACACCUCCAUGAUUUUGGACCUCUUCUUCUCCAUGGUGACUCUACAGUUUCACAUGCAGCAGUGCAGCUUUUGUCUUGCAGCCCAUUACCUCGUACCUCUUCUCCAGGCCACCUAUUGUUGCUGUCACGUGCUGCUGUCACUUACUUUUUUUUGGCAUUGAGAAGAAGACAAGAAGGACUUAAAGUUGGCAGAGAUGCUGGACAAGCGAGGGAGGCUGUGAACUGUUCUGUGUUACUACUGUCUCGAUUUGCUGGGUACUCCCCUCUCACCCUUAAAUCUAUACUUCAGCAACUCGUUGAAGGAGCUUUGCACAAAGGUAAUGCGGAUCUUUUUGGAGGGCAAACAUGCGACAUAUCAGAUGUACCUGUACCUUCAACAUCCGCUUUACCGGAUCUUGGAGCUUCCCUGCUGAGCAUCAACUGUCAGUUCGGCACCACAGCAAACUUCUCUGGCAGUGUGUGGUCAGUGUUUCAUGCCGGAGUUAUAGGAAAGGGGUUAAAAGUCAACUCUCCCCCAAAAGUCCCUGAUCCAUCUGCCGCAAGUCAGAACAUCCAGACUCUCAUUGCUGUCCUGGUGCAAUGCUGCAGCUCCUGUGGUCUUAAUGGUUCAUACGCUGGUUCACGACCUUCAUCUGACCCCGGAGAAUUUCCAACAAUUAAUGCAGAAGCUGCCAAAGUGGUUGCAGUUACAAUGGUUGAAAAUGUUUGUCCAGAUGUAUCCAAUAGUGAGCUCUCAUGGCCACCAGAAGAGCAUGCUCGUACCACUGUAGAGAGAGAUAUCCACAUUCGCCGCUGCUUUGAGGCCCACCCUGUGCUCUUUCCUAUGCUUCAAGUGGUGGCAGCUGGACGGCCUGCUCUCUGCUACUGCUCUGCUCUCCUCCGGGGACUUCUCGCCACUCUGCUUGCACACUGGGAGGCGUCCCGCGAUGCUUCAUCCACAGACUCUCCCUGGCACCUUCAGGCCUCCAGCUUGGUGGUAUCCUGCAUGGGAGAAGGCCAGUUUAUUCCUCCUGUCUUGGCCAAUGUCCAUGAGGCAUUCCCUCACCUUGCACCAUUUGAGGUGAGGCUCUUAUUGCUGGCUGUAUGGGAAUAUGUGAGGGGCAAUGGACCAAUGCCUCAGAAAUUUACUUUCAGCUCAGAAAAAGGAGGUAUCUUCUGCAGGGAUUUCUCACGAGAUGGAGAUGUGGCAAGAUAUGUGGCACCAAUCCACAGCGUUCUGCAUAAAAACAUUGAUAGAUUGGGACAUUUAUGUUGGCGGUUCCAGCUUUGAGAGAAGCUUUGAAAAGACUAAAUGUAAAGCAAUAUAAGCAUUAUAUGCUCUACAAAGAUGGUUUUUCACUUUGUACUUUUUAAUGUUUUCUUUGUUUGUAGUUAUUGGUCUAAAGAUGUGCCAAACAGACUUCUGUAAUUUCUGUACAUAUAGUAUGAGCUUUUUUGUAGAAAAGCAUGUGAACAGUCACCAAACAAUUAUUUUUUUCUUACUAAUUAAUAACAAUUUUCAAUUUAUUUAACAAUUAAUAUGCUGUGUUUCUGUUGUUAUACAAGCAUACAUCAACGUACAAAACAAAUAAACAAGUGUUUUGUCCCUUUC